AUGCCGGCCCCCGUCGCUGCUGCUGCUGCUGCCGCCACCGCCGCCGCGCCCCGCCCACGCGGCAACAGCCCCAACACCAACAGCCCUGCCCCCGUCGGCCUCCUCUCCCAGGUCGCACAGCAACCACAGCAACAGCAGUCUCCUCCCCAACAAGUUUUCCAACAGCAGCAGCAACAGCCCACGCAGCAACCACAACCCCAGCAGCAGCCCCAGCGCCCCGCCUAUCCCUGGUCCGCCCGGCGCCUCCACCUCCAGGCCCCCGUCCUCCUUCCCCCAAAGCCAGGCGCCCCCGCCCCCCCCGCCCCCCCCGCCCCCUCCGCCCCCUCCCCUUCGCCCUUCCCGCGCUACGGCCACGCCAUCCCCGCCACCGCCACCGCCGCCGGCGAGAUCUUCCUCUUCGGCGGCCUCGUCCGCGAGGCCGCCCUCAACGACCUCUACGUCUUCUCCACCCGCGACCUCUCCGCCACCCUCCUCCAGACCACCGGCGAGACCCCCGCCCCGCGCGUCGGACACGCCUGCGCCCUCGUCAGCAGCGUCCUCGUCGUCUGGGGCGGCGACACGAAGACGGACGCGCGCGCACGCGCGGGCGAGAAGCAGGACGACUCGCUGUACUUGCUCAACCUCGCGUCCCGCGAGUGGACGCGCGUGGCCGUGUCGGGCCCCGGCCCCGUCGGCCGCUACGGGCACGCCGUGACCAUGGUCGGCUCCAAAUUUUUCGUCUUUGGGGGCCAGGUCGACGGGGAGUUCCUCAACGACCUCUGGGCCUUCGACCUCAACUCUCUCAAAACCAAGGCAACGUGGGAGCUCUACGAGCCCCCGCCGAAUACCGAAAAGCCCGCGAGGAGGACGGGCCAUGUGUGCGUCACGCACGGCGACAAGCUCAUCAUCUUUGGCGGCACCGACGGCCAAUACCACUACAACGACACGUGGGUGUUCGACGUCGCGACGCGGCGCUGGUCCGAGCUCCAGUGCAUCGGCUUCAUCCCGUCCCCGCGCGAGGGCCACGCCGCCGCCGUCGUCGACGAUGUCAUCUACGUCUUUGGCGGCCGCGGCGUCGACGGGAAGGACCUCGGCGACCUCGCCGCGUUCAAGAUCUCAAAUCAGCGGUGGUACAUGUUCCAAAACAUGGGCCCGUCCCCGAGCGGCAGGUCGGGCCACGCCAUGGCGUCCAGCGGCACCCGCGUGUUCGUGCUCGGCGGCGAGUCCUACACCGCGACCAAGCCGGAGGACACCACCCUCAUCCACGUCCUCGACACCAAGCACAUCAAGUAUCCCGACGCGAGCAAGCAGGCCGCGGACAGAAACGGGUCGCGCUCGUCGGGCCGUAAACCCUCUAUUGGGACCGAGGCCGCCGCGCAACAGAUGCAGCAGCAACAACAGCAGCAACAGCAACAGCAACCACAACAGACGCCGCCGCAACAGCAACAGCAACAGCAACCGCCCUCGCAGGCCGCCACGAACGGACCCCGAUCCAUGUCGCCCACAGGCCAGGACCCCGACGACCCCCGCCGCGCGAUCUCGCCGCCCAACGCGCGCGGCGUCAAGCCCGCCGCGAACGGCGUCGCCGUGCAGCCGUUCCCGGUCAACGGCACGCGCAAGCCCGCGCGGCCGACGCGCGAGGACGACGAGGGGCUCGGGUACGGCCAGGACGAGGGGGACGCGUACGCGUCCGCGUCCGAGGGCGGCCCCGUGAACCAGCGCGCGCUGAGCCCGACGGCCGCGAGGGCCGCGUCGCCCGGCGCGCAGGGGCAGGGGCAGGGGCAGCAGGCGCCGGCGCCGGCGCAGCACGCGAACGUCGCGAGUUUGAUGAUGAGCGUGAACGGCCCGCGCAGCGCGUCGCCGCACGUCGACCGCGCGCGCUCGGCGGAGGGGUACUACCCCGCGAACGGGGCGUCGCCGACCGCGAACGGGUUCGCGAGCCCCGGGGGCGCGCCGCCGGUGGCUGUGGCUGUGGCUGCGGGGGCGGGGCCGGGAGGCAAGCCGGGGUCGACGGGGAACGUGACGGCGGACCUGAUUCGGGAUCUCAAGGCGAAAGAGGCGGAGGCGGAGGCGAUGCGGAGGCGCGGGGCGUGGAUGCGGGUCGCGCUCGCCAAGGCGGCGCGCGCGGGCUUCAUCUACGCGGACGUGGACGCGGCGGAGGGGCCGCUGGAGGGGGACGCGGGCGCGGGCGCGGGCGUCGAGGAGCCGCGGGUGGCGGAGGUGGUCGUGAGCUUGAAGCAGCUGCGCGCGCGGAUCCAGGCGGGCGUGGUGGAACAGGCGCGUAGCGCGUCGGACCGCAUCCACGAGGCCGAGCGACAGCGCGCGAGCGCGAUCCAAGAGGCCGCGUAUUACCGUGCGAAGCUCGCGGCGCUCGAGGCCGCGUCGGAAGGGGGCGUCGCGCGCCUGGAGCGCGAGCGCACGGCGGAGCUCGAGCGCCAGCUGACGGUCGCGCUGAGCGAGCGCGCGGAGCGAGAGCGGCGCGCGGGGGAGCUGGGCGACGCGCUGGCGAUGCAGGGCGCGCUGCUGGCGCAGGCCGAGGCGCGCGCGCAGGAGGCGUCGCAGCACUCGGAGGCGCUGGAGCAGGCGCACGUGCGGACGCUGCGGGAGCACACGGAGAUGCAGGAGCGGCACGAGGACGUCGAGGCGGCGCUGCGGGCGCACGCGGACCGGCUGCUCGCGCAGAGCUCGGCGCUGGAGCAGAAGGAGGCGGACCUCGCGCACGCGCACGCGCAGCUGGACGAGCUCUCGGUCUCGCGGGACCAGCACGUGCGCGCGCUGGAGCAGGCGCGCACGGCGCUGCUCGUCGCGACGACGCGCGCGGAGGCGGUGGACGAGGAGAACCAGCGCACGCGGCAGGCGGCGAUCGCGCUCGAGAACGAGCUCGCGGAGCUGCGCGGCGAGCUCGAGGCGCGCACGGCGGAGGUCGAGACGGCGCGCGUGCGCCUGGCGGAGGUGGAGAACUCGUGGGCCAAGUCGCGCGAGGAGGCGGACGCGUUCCGCGCGCUGACGACGACCGGCCUCGGCGAGCUCCUCGACACCCACCGCGACCUCCGCGGGGACGAGGACCGCCUCACGCGCGGCCACGCGGAGAAGGUGCAGGCGGUCGAGGCCGAGGCCGCCGCGCUGCGCGCGAUGCUCAAGGACGCGACCGCGCGCCUCGAGGCGCUGCACGCGGAGCUCGCGCACGAGCGGCGCGGCGCGCGCGAGGGCGAGACGGAGCAGAUGGCGCUGCGCUCGCAGAUCGUCGGCCUGCGCGCGCAGCUGUCCAACGCGCUCGCGGACGGCGGGCGCCUCCGCAAGGAGGUCGCCGUGCGCGACGCGGACGUGCGCCAGGCGGGCAAGGCGGCGGCGGACGCGGAGCUGCGGCUUGGGAUGCUGCGUAACUACCUCGCGGAGAACGAUAUCGUGCUGGAUAACGACGGGCUCCCCGCGAAUGCGUCGGCGGCGGCCAACGCGGCGAGUGGGGACGCGGCGGCGGCGGCGGCGGCGGCGGCAAUGGCGCGCGUCGCGGAGCUCGAGGCGCGGCUGGAGGAGUUCACACGGGCGCAGGACAAGGCGGAGCGCGAGCUGCAGGUCGUCGCGCGGCAGAAGCGCGACGCGGAGGCGCAGGUGAGCAGCAUGUCGGUGCAGCUCGACCGGCUGCGGUCGACGCAGAGCCCCGCGAUGAGCGCGCGCAACGGCGACGAGGCGCACGGCGGCGGCGAGGCGCGGGCGGCCGAGGCGGAGCGCAGGCUGGAGGAGACGGAGCGGAGUUUCAAGGCGCGGCUGCAGCAGCAGGAGGACGAUUACCGGCUGGCGCUGCAACUGGUCAAGGAAACCGAGCGCCUGAACCGAAGGAUGAAGGACGAGCUGAUGAAGCAACGCGUGAUGAACACCACGCUGCUGUCGGAGGUCGAGUCCCUCCGCGGCUCUCCCGGCGCGAGCGUGGACUCGAGCACGCGCACGCGCGUGAAUGGCCGCGGCACGCCCAUGUCGGACGACGGGCGCGCGAGCGACUCGCUCCGCGGGCAGCUGAUCGACGCGCAGCGCCAGACGCAGCGGCUCGUGAACGAGAACAAGGACCUCCGGCUGCGGAUCGACUCGCUCGAGAAGGACCUCGGACACAUGCGCUCGAACCUCGUCGCGGCGCAGCGCGAGUCGGACGAGCGCCUCUCGCGCGUGGAGGAGCUCGAGCAGGACAUGGAGCGCGUGCAGGCCGCGCUCGUGAUCGCGCGCGGCGGGCACUCGGAGACGCUCCUCGAGCAGCUCAGCAACGAGAACAACAGCCUCAAGCGCGAGAACGAGCAGCUGUCGCACAAGAUCGGGCUCCUGCUCGAGGACGACCAGCAGCCCGUGUUCGGGCGCGGGCGCCCCGAGUCGGGCAUCUCGCUCUCCGACCGCCCGACGAGCCACGCGAGCUCCGAGAACGGCAUGGCGUACGACCACCUCACGAGCGAGCUCGACGACUGGCAGCGGCAGCUGUCCAACUCGCUCACGAGCCGCCGCCCGCUCAGCGAGCUCGAGUCGCACUUUGCGUCGUCUGGGAGCCUCCAGAGGCCGCGCUCGUGA